UGUCGGCCUGCGAACAGUGCUCUUUUUUAAAGUGCGUGAAAAGAACUAACUUGACAGCACGUUUUUCUGUGUUGUUGCGCCCCCGUUUUCUACCGCGCCCCUCUUAACAAAAUAACAAACAUACUGAGUGUGAAUUGAGUGAUUAUAAAAAAUAAAUAUAUCUGUCAGAUUUAUUAGAAAAGUUAUAUGUUUACACCUUAAAGUAGGUACUCGUACAUUGUAAAGUUGGUUUUGGACCAUAAUUCAAGCUAAUUGACGUUUUUUUUUUGGAAUUUCUCGCGGAAUGGAAUUUAUCUUGAACUGUUCAUUGUCAUAGUCGUAGUUGUAUAGUUGUCAUUAUUCGUCUUUUCCCUCCCCAAAUCAUCAUCAUCAUCAUCAUCUUAAACUAACACGUCUCCGCCGCCGUCUCGAGUCUCCUGUUUAAUAAUUACAAAUCGAUUUUAGGGAGCGAGACUCCUCUACUUAGAUACAAAAUUAAAUUAAUUUUGUUGUUUUUCUCACAAGUUUCUUACUCUCCCCCUUCUCCCCUCUUUGUUGUACCCCCGCCCGUCUCUCCAGUGUCCUCCGCCGCCCAUCGAGUUCGACCUACUAUCUUCUAUUCUAUCCUUGGGGGGUUGGUUUGAGAAAGUGCCUCUGCUCUGUGGUGUGAUAGUUCAUAAGAAAGAGCGAGAGAGAGAGCCACAAGACACAAGUAAAAACAAAAAAAAAAAAAGUUUACAAAUGAGAUAUAUUUCGAAUGAAUUGGAGGGAAACUGCCAAAGACAAGGAGAAGCAGAAAAGUAGAAGGAAAGUGAAGGAGGUUUGUGUUUAGUAAACAUUGCUUCCCCAUGUUAUUUAUUGCUAAUAAAACGGAAUAAUAAAUGAAAUAAAAUAAAUAUCUAAACAUCGCUGGUAGAGUAUAGACCUUUACCGUUGCGCCGCGUGCCCGCUCUACGCCUUUAACCGUUCCACCGUCGGUAGAACUUAGUGCUGCGCUAUUUCUUUAUUAAUCAAUAAAUUUACACAAAUACAAUCGACUGUAUGGAUUGUUUAUCUACAAAAAAAAAUGUUUUAUUAUAUUAAUGCCCCUUUUUAAGAGGCAAAGUGUGAAGUAAAAGAUUGAUUCACGAAUUGUGUUGAAAAACAAACUAACUAACUUUAAAAAACUGUCAGUUUUGAAAAAAAAAAAACUAUAAAAAUGGAUGUAAUAAAAGACUUAACCCAGUUUAGUAGUGAGCCACCAUUUUUGAAGAGCUUAUCUCCAGCGUCAACAGGUGACAUUCCACCAUCGCCGCCACGUCUCGACGAUGAACGCAUCGAAGUGCCAAUGCCCAAGUCACAUUCGUUGCCAGCUUCCCCAUCACAGCACCUCUUGAGUGCUACAAUGCCCCAUCAUCUUCAUCACAGCAUUACCCCUGAAGUGGCAUCUUCGUGCUUCAAAGAGAACAACAACAAAGAUGCAAUAAAUUUUUCAUCCUCAGCUAAAACUCCCGAACCCAUUUCGGUGAAAAUAAAUGCGCCAUCUGGUGGCGAGACCCAGAUAAGACCUUCACGAGCUCCAUUAAGUCCUUCGACUCCAAAAAACAACAACAACUCAUCGCAUCAGCAAUUCUGCUUGCGAUGGAAUAAUUACCAAACCAAUUUGACAAAUGUCUUCGACGAACUCCUGCAGAGCGAAUCCUUUGUCGAUGUUACACUCGCCUGCGAAGGUCAAUCCAUUAAAGCCCACAAAAUGGUCCUAUCCGCCUGCAGUCCGUAUUUUCAAUCGCUUUUCUACGACAAUCCGUGCCAGCAUCCGAUAGUGAUUAUGCGUGAUGUGGGCUGGAAUGAGCUGAAGGCCAUCAUGGAAUUCAUGUACAAAGGUGAAAUCAAUGUGAGUCAGGAUCAGAUAAAUCCGCUGUUGAAAGUUGCAGAAAUGCUUAAAAUACGUGGCCUGGCCGAGGUGAAUACCACUGAUACGGCUGAUGACAUCAGUGCUAUGGCAAGUGCAACAUUGGUAGCUGGUGGUGGUGAUGGGAAUAGAGGUGAGGGAGAGUUGGGAGCUACUAUAGCUACACGCAGGUCACCACCAUCGCCGAAAAAACCACGUCUUCACGUAAACACUGAAAAGUUGUUGGAGGUGAAUUUGUCUUCUUCGGCGUUGUCGUCUAGAGAAGGAGGACGCAAGCGCAGUAGAUCUCCAUCUCCUGCUACUAUAAUAGAGCACAAUCAUCAUCAUCAUCAACAACAGCAACAACAACAACAACAAAGGGAGAAACAAAAACAAAUGCAGCACGAACAACAACAACAACAACAGUCUCAGCAUCAAUACCAAGCACGACAUCAAUUGCCGCCACAGGAAUGUCCUUCGCCGUCCAUGUCUUCAUCAUCUGUGCGAAAUCCUUUUGCAUCGCCCAUUCCCCCUCACUCGUCCUCAUCAUCGUCGCAAGCUUCAAAUAAUCAUUCAUCAUCUAGCGGCGGUGGUGGUGGAGGUGAGAGAGGCGAGGGAGGAGGUGGAAGGGGCAGCAGUGGCGGUGGCAAUGGCAGUGGAAGUGGUGGCUAUCCGAUCGCGACACCACCUGCUGCCGAAUCAAUGAGUCUGUCAGCUUUAGGUAUUAAUCAUGUGGACGAGAUGGAGAUCAAACCUGAAAUUGCCGAGAUGAUACGUGAGGAGGAGAGGGCUAAACUUAUUGAAGGCGCACAUCCCUGGAUGAGUGGAGCUGGAUCGUCUUCAGUUGCUGAUAGCUACCAAUACCAAUUGCAAUCCAUGUGGCAGAAAUGCUGGAACACUAACCAACAAAGUCUAGUUCAACAAUUGCGUUUUCGUGAACGUGGACCAUUGAAAUCUUGGCGCCCCGAAUCAAUGGCUGAAGCGAUUUUUAGUGUUUUAAAAGAAGGCCUCUCACUGUCACAAGCAGCACGUAAAUACGACAUCCCCUAUCCGACUUUUGUAUUGUAUGCCAAUCGAGUUCAUAAUAUGUUGGGCCCGUCACUAGAUGGCGGUACAGAUCCUCGACCAAAAGCCCGAGGUCGUCCGCAAAGAAUUCUUCUAGGGAUGUGGCCGGAAGAAUUGAUUCGAUCGGUCAUAAAAGCAGUAGUUUUCCGUGACUAUCGUGAGAUCAAAGAGGAAACUGUUCAGAUGUAUGCGAAUGGAGGAGGAGGUGGUGCGGCUGCAGUUGCACAUCCGUCUCAAUAUGGAAUGCCAGGAACUCCAACAAAUGGCUCUUCAUCUAACGGUUAUCACAAUAAACUGGGAUCACUACCACCGGAUGGCGCUAGCCCUCUAUCAACUAUGGCCGAAACCCUCCGUCGUCAGAUCCAAAUGUCACAACAAUCGCCGUCACCCUCGCUCAAUAUGUACAAGUCUCCAGCUUUCUUGCAGCGAUCCGAAAUGGAAGACCCAAUGUCAAAGCGAAGUUCAGCCGAACACCACUUAUCCAAUGCUAAAAUGCCAGACAAUUUGCCCGACCUCAGUGCGCUAGGUCUGAUGGGAAUUCCUGGACUCAAUGUCAUUCCUCAAGGUCGUGGCCAGCAUCAGCUGUCACAUCAACAACAACAGCAGCAUCACCAGCAGAAUUCGUCAUAUUCAAGUCGAGAGCUCAAAGAGAGUAUGCAACAGCACAUGUCAAAUGCAAUGUCACAAGCUGCCGCCGUUGCAGCAGCGUCAAGGCCUCAACUUCCCUAUGGCCAACAACGAAGUGGCAACCCUAACAGUAGUAGUAAUUCCCAACAGAAGCCCACAAGUAGUUCCCCAUUCUCCCUCAACUACAAGUCAAAAGGUGAUCCCUCACCUUACAAGUUCCCCGAUAAGCGAAUGUUAGAGGGCCUUACACCCGGUAUAGAUUUCGAAGCCAUUGCAAAUGGGUUGCUGCAAAAAUCGCACAAAGCCUCACCCCGUUUUGAAGACUUCUUUCCCGGCCCCGAUGUAAGUGAUUUGUUUGCGGCGAAUUCAGCCUCCGAAGCAGCAGCUGGCUUCCCAAUCAAAGAUCAUCCCAUAGCGAAGAUCAAGCUGGAGCAACAGCAUCACAGUUCCGACAACCAUGAGGAAUAAAUUCCAAAUCCAUCACAGACUGUUUUUUUUUUCUUUUUUUCAUUUCGCUUCAUUCUAGUUGGUAAAAAAAAGAUUUUUAAAAUCUCAACAAAAUAUAAAGGCAUUGUAAUUGUAAAAUACAAAAACGAAUGCCUACGCAAUAUUAAAACUUGAUACACUAUCUUUUCCUAUAAAUUAAAAUAAAAAUAAAAAAAAAGUUGUGUAACGUGUAAAAGAUACUUUUCUCUGUGUAGAAUUUUUGGAAGCGAACUUAGUUUAUAUUAAAUAAAAACACAAAAAACGUGUUUUUUUUUAGACUUAACUUUACAAAAUAUUAUAAUAAUGUAUACUCUACCGCUAAGGCUUAUAUAAUAUAAUUAAAA